AUGGCGGCUCACAUAAGCCAGAACCGACUCAAGGCCAAGGGCAUGGGCCAGCACCACAACGCCCUGAACUACAACAACCAGAGCUUUGAGGAGCUGCGAGCACUCUGCCUGCGGAAGGGGGAGCUGUUCAAGGACCCCUUUUUCCCCGCUGAACCCAGUUCACUGGGCUUCAAGGAACUGGGUCCCAACUCCAAACACGUGCAGAACAUCAGCUGGCAGCGGCCCAGUCAAAUCACAAGCAAUCCUCAAUUCAUUGUGAAUGGGGUUAGCCCGACGGACAUCUGCCAGGGAGUGCUCGGGGACUGCUGGCUGCUGGCUGCCAUCGGCUCCCUUACUGCGUACCCCAAACUGCUGUACCGCGUGGUGCCCAGGGGCCAGAGCUUUAAGAAGAACUAUGCUGGCAUCUUCCAUUUUCAGGUGAAGGGCGAUUUGAAAGCCAGAGUUGAUUUGUACCCACCUUGCCGCCCGCAGAUUUGGCAGUUUGGGCAGUGGGUGGACGUGGUGGUGGAUGACCGGCUGCCCACAAAGAAUGGCAAGCUGGUGUUCGUGCACUCAGCCGAGUGCACCGAGUUCUGGAGUGCCCUGCUGGAGAAGGCGUACGCCAAGCUGAACGGAUCCUAUGAAGCCCUGUCUGGGGGCAACACGGUGGAGGGCUUUGAGGACUUCACGGGGGGCGUGACCCAGAGCCUCCAACUCCAGAAGCCCCCUCCGAACCUGCUGAGGAUGCUUAGAAAGGCCAUAGAGCGAUCCUCCCUCAUGGGGUGCUCCAUCGAAAUCAACAGCCAAAGUGACUUGGAGUCGUUGACGCAGAGGAUGCUGGUGAGAGGACAUGCUUACUCAGUGACCGGCCUUCAGGAUGUCCUGUACCGCGGCAGGAUGGAAACACUGAUUCGGGUCCGGAAUCCCUGGGGCCGGAUUGAGUGGAAUGGAGCCUGGAGUGACAAUGCCAAGGAGUGGGAAGAGGUGGCCCCAGACGUCCAGAGGCAGCUGCUGCACAGGAAGGAGGACGGGGAGUUCUGGAUGUCCUACCAAGAUUUCCUGGACAACUUCACCCUCCUGGAAAUCUGCAACUUGAUACCCGACACGCUUUGUGGGGACUACAAGAGGUGUUGGCACACCACCUUCUACGAGGGCAGCUGGAGGAAGGGCAGCACUGCAGGGGGCUGCCGGAGCUACACUGACACAUUCUGGACCAACCCACAGUUUAAGAUCUCUCUCCCCGAGGAAGAUGAUGCCCCAGAGGACGACGAAGCCGUCUGCACCUGCCUGGUGGCCCUGAUGCAGAAGAACUGGAGGCGGGCACGGCCCCAGGGAGCCCAGCUGCAGACCAUCGGCUUUGUCAUCUACUCUGUCCCAAAGGAGUUUCAGAACCUCCAAGACGUCCACUUGAAAAAGGACUUCUUCGUGAAGUAUCAGGACCUGGGCUUCUCAGAGAUCUUCACUCACUCGCGGGAGGUGAGCAGCCACCUCCGGCUGCCUCCAGGGGAAUACAUCAUCAUUCCCUCCACAUUAGAGCCGCACAAGGAUGCGGAUUUCCUGCUCCGGGUCUUCACGGAGAAGCACAGCGAGUCCUGGGAACUGGAUGAAGCCAACUUCGCUGAGCUUCUCCAAGAGGAGAACGUCUCUGAGAAUGACAUAGACCAGGACUUCAUACGUUUGUUUCACAUAGUGGCCGGUGGAGAGGACAAGGAAGUAGGCAUGUAUGAGCUACAGAAGCUGCUCAACAAGGUGGUCUCCAAAGUCAAAAACCUCAAAACCAAGGGUUUCAGCCUGGACGUGUGCCGCUGUAUGGUCAACCUCUUGGAUAAAGAUGGCUCUGGCAAACUGGGGCUUCAGGAGUUCCAGAUCCUGUGGAGAAAAAUCAAGAAAUGGACGGACAUCUUCCGAGAGUGUGACCAGGACCACUCAGGCACCUUGAACUCCUAUGAGAUGCGCUUGGCAAUUGAGAAAGCAGGCAUCAAACUGAAUAACAAGGUGACACAGGUGUUGGUGGCAAGGUAUGCAAAUGACGAAAUGAUCAUGGAUUUUGACAGCUUCAUCAGCUGUUUCCUGAGGCUGAAGGCCAUGUUCACGUACUUUCUAACCAUGGACCCUAACAAUACUGGCCAGAUUUGCUUGAACCUGAACCAGUGGCUGCAGAUAACCAUGUGGGGUUAGUCACUGCGGGAGCCUGGCUUCCUACCGCCAUCAGCACCGCCCCCCGCCCCGCCCCGCCCCACCCCCCUCCGGGUUCUGGCCUGGGGGGCGGGGUGCACCUUGUGGCGCUCAACUCUGCGGUCUCUGCUGAUGGAAGGGCCGAGAUGCUUAUUCCAGCAGCAGGACCUCCAGACCCACCCUCCCAGCGCAAAGUGUUUUUCUUUUACCCCAGCCAGGCUUCUGGUGGCUGGAUUUACCCCACAGUCUCCCUCCCUCUCUGAGUACAUUUCACUAAAGAUUAAGUGACACUUCUGCGGUGUCCCCGGCUGGGGAGGCUGUCCACGUUUCCUACCCUGCUCGCGCUGGCCUGUUUCAUGGCUCCUCCCUUCUCCCCCUCACUCAAGGGCAUUAUUAUAAUGAACAACACAUGCCACAGGC